CUCUCUCUCUCUCUCUCUCUCUCUCUCUCUCUCUCUCUCUCUCUCUCUCUCUCUCUCUCUCUCUCUCUCUCUCCAAGAAAGCGUAGGUGUGUACUCGAGUGAUUGAGGGAUGGUCAAAUUUUGCUGUGAGGGAGGAGAUUUUGAAAAUUCCGGUGGGAAGUGUCUAAGGGAGGUUCUAUGAGAAGAAAGUGGAAAUUUUUCGCAAAUCGAAGGACUUUUGGUAAUUAAAGUGGAAAGGGAAGCUUCGCUGUCCACUCUAUUUAAGGACCUGGUGCAUGCUUCGUCAGUCAGUUCACUCUUCGUUUUCAAGUUCAUUCUUCAAUUCAAAGUGUGAGAAGAUGGAAGGAAUCAACGACAGCAUGAAGGCAGCUUUUGAGAAGGUCAACGGUUAUAGAACAAUUGUCCAUCUCUUUAAUGUGGCGUGGCAGUUGAUGUCCUGGACAUCGAAUGGAAUUAAUGAUGAUUCCAUUUUGAGAAAGUCUCUACCAGCCGAGUUAACUGCUGCGAUGAAGCAGCUGAAUAAGGGUGCGCUCACCUCACCAGAGUCGCAAAACAGCAGCAACUUCCGUCGAUUGGUGUGAUGCAGCAGAUGUUUAAAAGUAUAUCAUCCUUAUCAGAGAUGCACCAUCAGCAGCAGCUUCCACAGGAGCAAAACUCGCAGCAACAAGCAGCAGUCGCAGCAGAAGUCGCAUCCGCAGCCAAAGCCGCAGCAAAAGCCACAACCGCAGCCAAAGUCGCAGCCAUAGCCAAAGCCAAAGUCAAAGCCAGAGCCACAGCAGAAGCCAAAGCCGCAACCGCAGCCAGAACCUCAGCAGAAGCGAAAGCAGCAGUCGCAGCCAAAGCCGCAGCAGAAGCCAAAGCAGCAGAAGCCGCAACCAUAGCCAAAGCCACAGCAGAAGCCAAAGCAUCAGAAGCCGCAACCACAGCAGAAGCCAAAGCAGCAGAAGCCGCAUCCGCAGCCAAAGUCGCAGCCACAGCACCAGCUAGGAAGCCACUCAGGGACCCUCGCUCUCCGCCGGCAGCCAAAAGUGAUCGCCCUUCUACGUCUGCGAAAACCGAACGUUCGUCCUCAUCAAGCGAUCGCAAUCGCUCGUCUUCGAAAAGCGAUCGCAAUCACUCGUCAUCAAAAAGCGAUCGCCAUCACUCGUCAUCAAAAAAAAGCGAUCGCCAUCGCUCAUCUUCGAGAAACGAGCGCCAUCGCUCAUCUUCGAGAAACGACCGCACUUCUGUACCAAGCGAUCACCACACAAGUACGGCAAGCACGAGGGCUUAUUGCCAAGCGUUGAAUACAUCUGUUUGCGCUGUUGAGCAUUUACAGCCUCCUCUACGAUCCGUAAUAGCAUCCAAGGGGAUUAGGCUAUCACAAUCUUCAAGGGCGAGAUCAAGCUCGCGUUCAGGCUCAAGCUCGAGUACAGGCUCAAGCUCGAGUUCAGGCUCAAGCUCGAGUUCAGGCUCAAGCUCGAGUUCUAGCUCGAGCACAAGCUCGGGAUCCAGGUCGGGAUGUGGCUCUGACAAAAGUUCAAGAAAGAGGAAAUCUGAUGAUGAAGCAAUCAAUGGUAUAGGUGGUAAAAGGAUGACAUUCACAUAAUCUCAAGAGAGCGAAAAAUGAGCAGAAAAGAAGGAACGGAGAAAACUUUCGUUGUCUUUAAAAAAGACUGAUCUACCACCACCAUCUCCGCGACAGCAGCCAUCAACACAGCCUCUCUAUCAUGCAGAUCAGCCGAUGCCACUUCAGCAUCAAGCAGAUCAACCGAUACCACUUCAGUAUCAACAAGAACAGCAAAUGCCACUACAGCAACGAGCACGACCGCGUAUAUUGCAAGACGAAAUGCUCAACGAUCCGCUUAUCGUGUUCGAUAAGAAAGCAAAUAUGCGAAAAAUCUGAAUGAUAUUUUUCAAUAAAUUUUUUGUAAUAAAUUUUUGAUAUGAUAAAUGUA